AUGAAUGAUUCCAUGGCCUCUCUUAGAAUGUGAGUAUGAAAAUUAAAUGGAAAAAGGUCCCAACAGACGCUUCGUGAUCCAGGGUGAUUUUGAUCACUCAGUGAAUUUUUAUUUUUAGUGAUGAGCAUGAAGUCGCGCGUUGCGACGAAAACGUUGUGGGUGGAGAUGAGUUUGGAGGUAGGGAUGUUGGCCCGAAUGUUAAUAAUACAGAUUGAGCGUUCAUUUGAUAGAAUUGGUCAUUAGGUUUACAUAUUUCUGGUGACUUUUUUUGCAAAUUUAGCCUUACGCACGCCAAAUUAACGUCUUUAACCAAUUUACAUGUGUGCAAAUUAGGCAAAUAGUUUAGCGUGCGUUUGGCGAAAUUUACGAAAAAAAGGUUGGGGCGAAGAUCCACAGAAAACGUGCGGAGAAAAAUGUCCCUGUUUGGUGUGGUGUGUAUAUUUUCCUUUGCAAACUGAAAGGGAUAUUCGCAAGGAUAUCCGCCGUUUUGGCGUAAUGUCACUGAAACCUUUGCCAUUUUGCUGCUGAAUUAUGAAUCCCGAUUAAAUAAUGUAAAUGUGCACAACAGGUCAACAAUCUUGAGAGGUCAAACCAUCUGCAAGACUGUCAGCACGUUGUUCUAUGUUUUUGUUCACGUUUUUCAUUUAUUCAAGUCAUUCACGGCAUUCAUCCAAUAGCAACGACUGGGUUGAAUUACUCAGUCGCUUUACCGUCACGUGGUGGGUCGCUUUAUCGUGACGUGUCCAUAGAAUUUACUUCCGUAUAGGGCAUGUCAUUGUCUUUCAACAUGAAGUUAAUUUUUGCUGUGAGACAAUGGAGUUGCCUAUCCUUCUCUUCUAUUAUCUAUGGUCAGCAUAAAAGCUCAAUGUUAGAAGUGUGAAUUUUUUUGUCUAAAGAAAACAACAGUUUUAUCGAAGCAGAUAGAUAUUUCGACAGCUUCAAGACACGUACUGUACAUGUUCAAGUCUCGUUAUUUUUUAGGCCCCAGAUCGUGGGAUGGAGACGGAGAUGCAGAUCGAGAUCCAUCCGGAGAUGAGGGUGAUGAAGAUCAGGAUCAGGAGGAAGGUGGAGGAAUGUGGAUGAGGAGGAACACUUUUUUUUUGCAGUUAUUUAAAAACGCCUUGGGCCGUGACCAAGUUCGUGCGGAACACCAAGGAGGCUGUGGAAAAUUCAAAUCAAAAAAGCCUCAAGAAUUGUCGUGGCGAGGAAUCAUUCACUUAUGGUACAAAGAAAAGGGGACUAUGGUGUGCAAAUGCGACGAAAAGAAACCAAAGGGAACGGACUGGGCUAUGAUAAAGCAUAUAGAGAGAACACACACUGAUUGGGCAUAUAGAGAGAACACAACAGGGACUGGGACACCGUUUGUGUUCGUGAAACGCUGA